GUAAGCCAAAUUAUGACUCCGACUUGUACGCGUUUGAUGUAGAAAUCUCUUGCUCCAUACAAGAUUUGGUUCGUGGUUCCCCAAUUUUACCGAGUUUGAUUCCUUGGGAAUUACAAAACUUUAGAACAAUCAUGUUGGGCGCAAUAAAAAUUCUUAUUGACACUCCGCCUUCUGUGCCAAAUGUGGUCUCUACAGUAAUUGAGCAAAACGUUGAAGCACAGGAUCACACAUCGAAGGAGAAAUCCAACGUUGACUCACAAGUUGGAGGUGAUGGGGAUAUCGGACCUGAAGCCAUAAACAAAAAUAACGGGAGGUCCAACGUUGUGGAAAAAAAUGAAAGUCCUCUUGCAAAAGAUGUUGCCAAUGUCGACAAGCCAGAUCCUGCUUUUCAGGAAUUUUAUACCUCAGCUGGUGUGGUCAUAGCAGAGUAUGAUAUUCCAAAAAGUGUUGACAAAGUGACAGAUGCAGAUGGUAAACAAGCACACUCACCUAUUUUGAUUGACACCAUCAAGUUGUUUGAUCUUGUCGAUGUGGUCAAGACGGAGCACUUGGUUUCACUGAGAGCAACUACAUCUGUUAUGCGCAUCGUCUCAUCUUUCCAUCACUUUGCUGCAAGAGCCAAGAUGUGCACUCGUCUGACUCUUCGUAUCAACUCAGCCGCCCUUCACUUCUGGAUAAGAACCCGACCACUGGAGGAGGAUGAGGUCGGAGUAAAGUUGGUCCAAAUCUCAAAGAUGAGGUCCGACAACUCAUAGCUGGAUCUGUAGCAAAGAUGGAGGUUGGAGAAGACGGCCAGGUUUGCCACUGUCGUGUGGCUACAGGUGCUUGGCUGAUUGUGGAUGCUGGAAAGAAAUGGAGGAAAACCCU